AUGGAAUGUAUCGAUGCCUUAGCUGAUGCCAUUAAUUCCUUCCCUGGUGGUAUGGUUUUAGUAUCUCACGACUUUAGACUCAUUUCUCAAGUUGCUGAAGAAAUCUGGGUUUGUGAUAACAAAACAAUUACUAAAUGGAAUGGUGAUAUUCAAACAUACAAAGAAAUGCUCAAGAAACACAUGCAUUCAAUCACUAAAGCAGGAUCCAAAUAA